AUGGUUGUUACCGGGAUGUGGGAGUAUAUGCAGAAGUUCGUACAACCGGUGUUGCUGAAUGCGAUGGGUGUGCGCUGGAUGGAGAGUAAACUGGAAGGCGAGGCACAGUGCGCUCAACUUGAGCAGCGAGGUCUUGUUGAAUUUGGUUUUGGUGGCAAGGUACAAAACGAUAUUCUUCAUCUUUCAAUGGACUAUUUGGAUGAAAAAUUGUGCCUAAGCAGAUCUUGCCUUAUCGCGAUGACGAUAAUGAUGGGAUGCGAUUGUGCUCAAAAAGGAAUCCCGGGCGUUGGCUUGGUUACGGCACUGGAAAUUGUUUCCGAGUUCUAUCUCAUGGAACAUGACCAUCCCCAGGUCAUUUUGGAUAGAUUCAAGUAA